CCCCCUUUCGUCACUUCCGCUCGGCUGUGAUGUAAACUCAUCAACGGGGAAGCAGCUCGAGGAAAACGCCAGGUCAGAGUGAACCGGUUUCUAUCUCAAGUUUCCAGCGUGGAGUGAAGCUGGCUGUGCUGGACGGGCUGAAACAUGCAGAACUACAGAGAGGCCGUGAAGGAGUUUGUGGACAACCACACGUUCGGUCUCACGUUUGCUGUCAUUGCAGCUGCUGGCGCGCUGACCUUCCGUAGAUGGAUGGCUGGCAGAGUUUGCCGUAGCAAGGUCAGGCUGGAUGGGAAAACAGUCCUGAUCACAGGAGCCAACACUGGCAUUGGGAAGGAGACGGCCGUGGACAUGGCCCAGAGAGGGGCCAGAGUUAUCCUCGCCUGCAGGGACAUGACCCGAGCAUGCAUCGCUGCCGAUGACAUCCGGCAGAAGAGUGGCAACGGCAAUGUGGUGGUAAAGAAACUGGACCUGAGUUCACUGCAGUCCAUCAGAGACCUGGCCAAAGAUGUAGAGGAGAACGAGGAACACUUGGACAUCCUCAUCAACAAUGCAGGUAUCAUGAUGUGUCCGCAAUGGAAGACCGAGGAUGGCUUUGAAAUGCAGUUUGGUGUCAACCACCUGGGUCAUUUCCUCCUCACCAACUGUCUCCUCGACUUGCUGAAGAAGUCGGCUCCAAGUCGUGUUGUUAUCGUCUCCAGCUUGGCACAUGAGAAAGGUCAUAUAAACUUUGAUGACAUUAACCUGGAUAAAGACUAUGAACCUAAGAAGAGCUACCGCCAAAGUAAACUGGCCAAUGUGCUCUUCUGCAGAGAGCUGGCUGCAAGACUGCAAGGCACUGGAGUGACGGUGUACAGCCUUCAUCCCGGGGUCAUCCGCACAGAGUUAGGCCGCCACAUUUUACCCACUUUUUCACUCUUGGUGAGGAUCAUCGCAAAACCAAUAACGAUGCUGCUCAAAAAUCCAUGGGAAGGAGCCCAGACCACCAUCUACUGCGCUGUGGACGAGAGCCUGGCAAAUGUCAGCGGCCUCUACUACAGUGACUGUGCUCCCAAAACACCGGCGCCACAGGCCCUGGAUGACGCUGCAGCCAAAAAGCUGUGGGACCUCAGUGCUUCUAUGGUCGGUCUGAUGUAAACAUCAUCAGCCUGCACUGCUUUUAUAACCUACCAGCCCUUUUUACAUAUUCAUUUUACUAUCUAUUCUGCAUUAUAGGGCAUUGCAAUAACUCUUGAACUAUUUGAUGAUGAGUAUAAAAUGCACACUUUAUUUAUUCUCCUGAUUUACAUUUUUCAUUCCAGUAUAUAUAUACUGAAUAGAUUGUACUUGUUUUUUUAAUCUUAGAUCUUAUCUGAUGGUUUGAAUUUAAAUGAGUAAUUCCUGUUACACAGUUAAACUCCAGCAUGUUUUGAAUCGGAAUGCUAAAAUGGUCAUGGCAAAACAAAUUCUUCUUAUAUUAUUCUUAUAUUUUUCUAACCAUAUGGUUAGUGCUGCAGACUCCAGGAGACGUUCAAGGCAUCAAACUACUGCGUUUAUUAAUGACAUCUAACAAUAAUUGCCAACAUACAGAUGAUUGUACAGUUUCUGUUACAUCCUCACUGCAGAGACACAGACACUAAACAUGGAAAGCAAUAAAAGAAUUUCCCUAAAAACCUAAAUUUAAGAAGGUAUCCAGGUUUAAGAGGAAGACUUUGCUGGGAUGUGGAAGUGAGCUCAGGUGGCAGCGGUGGUGACAAGGGUAAUGUACUUUAGAGGAGAGAAGAUCCUCAUGUGUAGGGAGACAGUAGAUCCAGUAGACUCUGUGUUAUAGUGUGUGUGUGUGUGUGUGUGUUCUUUAUAUAUGCCUGUAGUGACAAAGUGUGCAACAGGUUACAACACUAAUGCGGUGCUCUUGAAAUAAAAGUCUGAUUAAAAGAGA